AUGGAGAAGCCGCCAAGCCAGAGCACAGUCGGUGGUAAACCUAUUACUACAUUUGUGCAAACAGACACAAAGGCCUUUCGUGAUGUCGUUCAGCGGUUAACAGGCUCAUCAGAGGGUGAUGCAGCAGAAGGAACAGCAGGAGCAGCAACAAAGAUUGCAGGCAUAAAGAGAUCAACACCUAAACUCCAUGAAAGAAGGCAGAACCUAAGGCCCAAGCUAGAGAUAGUGAAGCCCCCUCUUAACUUCAAACCUAGUACAUCGCCAACAACAUCGGGUAAUCACAGUCUUCUUCCAAGUCCUGCAGGAACCCCUUCGUUCAUGUUCUCCCCUUCCACCAUUUUAUCAAAACUGUCAAUCCAAGAACAGGAGAGCAGAGGAGAGUCAGCAAUAUCUGACUUAAAUAACGAGGAAGAAGAGAAAGCCAUUAAAGAGAGGCGAUUUUACCUGCAUCCAUCACCACGGUCUAAACCUGGUUACACUGAACCAGAGUUGCUCGCCUUGUUUCCUUUAACAUCCCCCCAAGCAAGUGACAAACACUAAUUUGACAGUGCAUAUCCUCCCACUGGAAGAACUUUUUUCCAUGCGAAGUAAAGGACGUCGUGUUAACUGUUACCAUAAACAGAUGUAAUCGUUUUUGAAAAAGCACCAAGUACUGUAAUGGUAUUGUUCUGAUAAUUCUCAAGAGAUCAUUUUUCAUCACAAACAA